UUGACAGAGAAGCUCUUAGUCUGGUCUGGGGAGUGAAAAAGUUCAACCAAUAUCUUUAUGGUAAGCACUUUACCCUCCUCACGGAUCAUAAACCCCUUGUUUCCAUCUUUAAUCCAGCUAAGGGAGUGCCAGCCAUGGCCGCUGCACGACUGCAACGGUGGGCUUUGUUCCUGAGUGCUCACACCUACAGCAUUGAGUACAAGGGCACACAACAUCAUGGGAACGCUGACGGGCUGUCCCGUUUGCCACUACAAGUCGCACCGCCAGUAAAGACCAAGGAAGCUGUGGAUAUGUUCCAGAUGGCACAAGUGGAUCCUCUACCAGUCACAAGUGAGGAGAUCGCACGAGAGACAGGCCGCGACCCUGUCUUGUCCAAAGUCUACGAGUUGACGCUGAAAGGCUGGCCACGCCACGGUGACUCAUCCUUACCGGGCUAUUCAAGUCGACGAGAACAGCUCACAGUGCAUCAAGGAUGCAUUUUGUGGGGGGCGAGGGUAGUCAUACCACCGAAGCUGCGCCAGAGGGUUCUCUCUGUGAUACAUGAGGGACACUUAGGCGUGGUGAAAAUGAAAGGCCUUGCAAGGAGCUUUGUAUGGUGGCCUGGAAUCGAUGAAAAGCUUGAAGAACUAGCCAAGACAUGCUAUGGGUGUCAACAGACCCAAAAGUCUCCACCAACAGCCCCACUGCAUGUGUGGGAAUGGCCUACAAAACCAUGGCAACGUGUGCACAUUGACUACGCAGGACCUUUCCUUGACCACAUGUACCUAGUCGUUGUUGAUGCGCACUCAAAGUGGCCUGAGGUUUUCUGCACAAAGACCGCAACCUCUGCAAAGACAGUUGAACUCUUACGGGCCCUGUUCGCACGCACAGGCCUUCCGCAUCAGAUCGUGAGUGACAACGGAACACCUUUCACCGCCGAAGAGUUUCAGCGCUUUGUUAGAAAGAACGGCAUACAACACACCACCAUUGUGCCGUACCAUCCAGCUUCUAACGGCCAAGCUGAACGUUUCAUUCAAACUUUCAAACAUUCAAUAAAGGCCAUGGAUAAAGACACAGCAUCGCUGCGGCAGAAGAUUGCAAACUUUCUGCUGGCCUAUCGCAACAGCACCCAUGCUGUAACAGGACAGACCCCCGCUAUGCUCUUCCUAGGGCGUCCCCUGCGAUCACGCUUAGACUUACUGAAACCCAGUCUACAGCAACAUGUACAGAAGAAACAGUCUGAAUCUGCUCUCCGAUCCCAGACACGCUCAUUGCGUACAUUCCAAGUGGGACAACAGGUGAUAGCCAAAGACUACCGCAAUAAAGGACAAAAGUGGCAGACUGGCACCAUCGUUUCACAAACAGGACCGUUGACCUACCAAGUGAAAGUCGGGCAGGACCUAGUGUGGCGUAGACACGUGGAUCAGCUGUUGGAUGCAUCUGGAUCGACAAGCGUAGAUGCCAACGAUACGCCAUUCCAUGGUGACUUCGAGUUCAGUGACGAAGCCCAAGACACCGGCGGCCCUGAAGAUGAUGCAGGUGGCUCUGCACCAGCGUCACCUGUUCCGCAACGUCCUGCUGUGAACCCUGUUCCUCAACGUCCUGCUGUGAACCCUGUUCCGCAAAGUCCUAUUGCGAACACUUCACCAGUGAGGCGUUACCCCGAAAGGAUUAGGAGACCUCCCGAGAGAUUCCAGGACUGAGACAGAUUGAGAGUAGAUAAAUAGUUAGGGUUUAGUUAGUUUUAGUUAUUAAUACUCAGGUAAAGCAGUUUAGUUAAAUGGGGAUAUCAAUGCUGGAAGGGAGGAGUGUUAUGUAUGGGAAUAUAUGGGUCUACUUUAUUUCAUUGCGCAUUGAUAGUGAUUGUUUUAAUAGUAAUAUGCACAUGCGCAUUAGUCUGUAUUGAGUCUUCACAAGUUCACUAA